UAGACGGCAUAAGAUGUGUACGUUCGCAGGAACAGUUUAAUUCGAUCCAGUUUCUGGAGGAUUCUUUCCGCUGUAGUUGAGGAACGUUGUAUUUUCGUUCGAUAGUAUACGCUGAGUUGGGGCUUGGAUCACGCCCGAAACAUAACAUCCAGCGACCAGGCACGUUAGCAGCGGAACAAACCGACCAUCAUGUCCUGUAUACUGUUUGGAAGAGUGGUAGCAUCACGCUUAACCAGAACACGAGCCUGUAGUCAUGCCCUAAAUACCGAGGUGCUGAACGACGCAAGGCUUUCAAAAUUUGUCAUCAACUUGGAUGAAAAGAAUCGAGCAUUCCUCGAAUAUUCGAUCGAUCAGGAGCGGAAGGUAAUCAAUUUUCAACACACAUUCGUCCCGGACGCCGCCAAGGGCAAAGGUUUGGGAAAGAUAUUGACGAAGGCUGCAUUCCAGUACGCCAUCGAGCACAACUUGAAGUGCGCUCCUCACACGUUCCAGCUGGCGAUCGAGAUGCAGCUCAGCGUGUUGGCCCCGUUCCUGAUGAUCGUGCUGGUACGCAGUCCGUUCUAUGGAACUGCCGCCUACGUGCUACUGCACUGCCUGUCGACGACGAUGCGCUUCUCGGCCACGGCCGAGGAUCGCCUCACCCCGUACGUCUACCAUGGUGUCCGGCUGACGCAGCUCUACCGCACGUUCAACCUCUCGACAACCGAAACGCUCCACCGCAUCACACCGUACCUGGCCGGUUUCGGGCUGGGCUACCUGAUGCAGGACACGGAAACGGUACCGCGGGCACGUCCGGAGCGCGGUGUCCGCUGGGCGGGCUGGUUCAGUGCCGGUGUUACCCUGCUCUGGUGCUGGUGCCAUAACGCGCCGCUCGACAUCGUGCGCAGCGAAUUCCAGUACGAGCCGGGCAGUGCGGCCCAGUACGCGCCCAAUAGUGCCCCCAAACCCUUCACCGCCUUUAUAUAGUUCACUAAAGGUAAUGGUAACCACACCUAGUCAUUAAGUUAUUCGCGCAUAAUUAGUGCGCAUACACCAACACGUGUUUAUUCGAAUAAACAGACGGCACAGACGUGUGUUGUUGUUUCGUGGCUGCGCAGCGCGCGAAGCAC